AUGCACGAUGUGUAUUUACAAGUCCAGUGCUUAAAACUACAGAGCAAGAUCCUCUCCAUGGAAACAAUAGAAAUCAAGAACUUAACACGGUUCACAGAAGAUCUGAAAAGGCUGUUGAGGUGCCCUCCUAGGUACAACUAUACCCUACAAGAACUUGAAAGAGUAAGACUGCACGCUUGCUGUAAUGCAACGGGUACCCUGUACCUAACAAAACAGAACACUCCUCUGAAUCACAGUAUCUCAUAUGAGACUAAUAGCAGAGUGAAACGGAGAGUGGAUUCAGAUCUCUAUGCCAUGCUACCUGAGGAGUUUCCCUGGAGUGGUGGGAAUCUGCGACGCUGUGCUGUAGUGGGAAGUGGGGGGAUUCUGAAGAACAGUAGCUGUGGAGAAGAGAUCAACAAUUCAGACUUUGUCAUCAGGUUUAAUUUGGCUCCAGUAAAUGACAGUGAUGUUGGAGUGAAGACUGAUCUGAUAACGAUAAACCCCAGCCAGAUAAGGAGAGAUUACAAGAACUUCAAGAAGGAUCCUGGGCCCCUAUUGCAGGACCUGUCUGUCUAUGGCAACGCUUCCGUCCUCAUGCCUGCAUUUUCCUACACGUACAAUACAGCAAUAUCAGUUAGUAUACAUGAGACAUUAUGGCCACAACAAGUUGUAGUAUUCUUUAGUCCCUUCUACCUUAAGACAUUGGCUCAGUUCUGGAGCUGGCGUGGCCUGAAGGCGGUACGCCUGUCAACAGGCUUUAUGCUGAUCAACGUUGCCAUGGAACUCUGUGAUGAUGUGCACAUCUAUGGCUUUUGGCCUUUUGAUAUCAACCUGGACCAGCAACCCAUAUUUCACCAUUAUUUUGACAAUGCUGCGCCAAAAAAAGGGGUUCACAAAAUGCCUGAAGAGUUUCUGCGUCUGCUGCAGCUUCACAGCCAGGGAGUGCUUACCAUGCAUCUACAGCCCUGUCUCUGA